AUGCGACUCAAUUUCAGUCAACCCCCUACGCCGGCGCUGAGCCGUCAAAACACAACUUUUCUCGCCAAUGCCAAUCAUUAUCGCUCCGGGACGCACCCACAUCUGCUGACGAGUCGAAGCAAGCCUCGAAGAUGGCCUUUGGUGUUUCGAUUCAUAAAAGGAGCCAUCCAUGCGGCCAUUUUGCUGCCUGUCUUCUUACACGCCGCAUUCACGGCCUUUGUUGUCUGGCUUGACCAAUGCGUCUUUGAUACUGUUGGACUGCCAAGCAGUAUUAUCCCCUCCUUGUCUAUCGUCGUGGGUUUGAUGCUCGUUUUCCGAAACCAGACUUCUUACAACAGGUUCUGGGAUGGCCGUAACGGAAUGAACACGAUCUACACGUGCAUUCGAAACCUCGUUAGAACUAUCGUCACGAAUGGUUACAGCACUGCCGGUCCUCCCACUGCUGCAGAAAAGGAGGAUAUCGAGCGGACGAUCCGAAUCCUCUUGGCGAUUCCCUUCGCAGUCAAAAAUCACCUUCGCGCUGAGUGGGGAGCAGCCUGGGCUUUGGGAAGUGAUGUAGCCGAGAAUGGUGUCGCGGCAUUCAAUCCGGACUAUGCAAGUCUACUUCCAGCUGGACUGGUGGGCCACGAGGAUGAGGGGCUGGGGUUGCCGUUUCAACUGACCUUCUUCGUGGACGGGUUCAUCAAGCGAGGAGUGGAGCGUGGCUGGUUCAAUGCUCCCGGGGCAAGUCAAAUGCAGGCUCAGUUGAAUGCUUUGACAGAUGCCUAUGGGAGGAUGGAGACGAUCAAACUGACCCCUAUGCCGGUUGCGCAUCUGAUUCACCAAAAGCAAGUUCUCGCCCUUUUUGGCUGUAUCUUACCCUUCGGCAUGGUCGACGAUAUGGGAUGGUGGACCGUUCCCAUGGUCAGUCUUGUUAUCUUCACCCUGUAUGGCAUUGAAGGCAUCGGUUCCCAACUGGAAGACCCCUUUGGAUACGACCGCAAUGACAUCAAGAUGGACGCCAUCGUCGGCGACGCCAAAACCGAAAUUGAAGUUGUAUUGGCCGAAUGGCGAAGACUGAUGGCAUCACUCGAGUCGGGCUCGGGAACGGAGCAUGGCGAUCAAAAUGGCAACGGGCUGAUUUCGACCGAGGUCAAGGAGGGCAAAUUUAUGCAGCCUGACAUGUUCCUGAAGAAUCGGGCGAGAGCAUCAGGCCGAUAA